UUCAGCUGUCAGCUCACAGCUUUGCAACAGCGAUCAUGAAACUAACACGUCUGGAAGCUGCAGUCGUCCUUGGGAUUGUUAUUCCUCAAAUAUCCAGCAUCAGCGUUUCGUCUGCACCUUCUGACUGUUUGACUGCUGUGGAUACCUGCAUGUCAGAUUUAUGCGAGAGUGAACAGGCGUUUUACGACGGCAUCUGUAACAAUGAAGGGUGCCAAAUAAAAGGCUCAGAGGUCUGUAACAUGACCAUCCAGACCGUACUGGACCAAUUUCCUUUUCUGCGAGGGUGUGUGUGUGCCUGGGAGGAGGAGCUUUGUGACUCUUUACAAGCGCUGGCCACACAAUGCCACAGAAAGCCAGCACAUCAGUUGAAGAGGAGCACAGUGACGGACUGUAAGUCAAGCAGCUUGAUAGGAUAUGUAUAUGAUGGUGCUGGAUCCUGCUUUGACCAGAUGAGAGUCUGUGUCAACGAUGCAGUUUGCAACAGGCACCUAGCACCUGUUCUUCAGGCAUGUAUGGCAGAUCAAUGCGACCGCGACCGCUGCCAGCAAGAGACUCGGCACUUCUAUGGCAGCAUGCCGCAGAAUGUUGCAGAGAUGUUGGCCAUGUGUGAGUGUGAGGCUUCAGAUCAGUACUGUCUGCAAAUGAAAACUGCUCUGCACAGCGGCACGUGUGAAGACGAGACCUGGAUCUGCCAGGUUUCAGUUAACCAGUGUGCUGAUGACAGCAACUGCAGAGACUUGUUAAAAACUUUCCAAGCCAAAUGCUGGAGCCCUGAAGAGGCUCAAUGCAGCAACAGUGACCUCCACAGUAAUGAAUGUUUCAACAAGAUAGAUCCGGCUUUUAUCCUUGGUGCAGAAUCUGAAUGUAAAAUGGCCUUCUUAGCCACUCUGGGCACAGCACUACACCAUCCGUGCUCAUGUGAAGGCCUACACAGUGAAGAUCUACACACGUGCAACAUGAUUCAUGAUGUUCUUCAUAACAGAUCACACUUCAUGACAUCUUCAAAAAGCAGUAGUGGUCCGUCUAAACCUCCUAAAAUCAGUGAUUCUGAGCAUGGUCACACAUGGUCACAUGAUUAUCUGCUGUAUGUGUUUGCAACUGUGCUAUUUGUUGGAGUCGUUAUAUUAAUGCCUCUGGCUGUCGUCACUAAAAUUUGGAUGACGAGAAAAAGAGAUAAAACAAAAUAUCACAAUCCGCAGAAAAGCAACUGUGUUGUUAUUCUCUGAUGUAGAUGCAUCUAUUAGAUGUGUGUUAUCAAAAUUCCAAAUCAUCAUUUUGUUCCUUUUUAACUCUAAAAAGGUUUGAGCUGAUGACACUUAUCAGAUGGUUUUGAUUUUGUUGCCUAAAUAUCCGAUUUUUCGCAUUGUUGAUUCAGAUAUUAUGACAGUAUUGUGUGACAUGGUAUAUGUUUUUUUAUAUGCCUUUUGUAGCGUAACUUGUCUUGGUACCAGAUGACGAUGUUACUACAAAGAGUAAUCUGUCUAAA